GCCCUUACCUCUGCUGCAUCUGCAUUGCUUUUUGUUGGUCAUAUGCUACAGCUACAUCUGCAAUGGGCAGCAUUUCUCCAGGCUCAAGUGCGGCGCACGCUAUUCUUGUGCCCGAGGUAGAAUCUCACAUGCUCAAACGCUCCGUCACAGCUGCUUCUGGUGCGCCGCCCAUUCACACACUGGAAUGGCUGCCCUUCUACCGUCGGCCAUUCGGCGAGUACAUUUGUGAUACGCUGCCAAGCAAUCUUCUUGUCUUUCAUCUCGUCGCAACGGGCUUCAUCACUGGCAUUUUGGAUGCAACCACAUUUGUUGAAUUUGGUACCUUCACAUCAAAUCAGACUGGUAAUACAGUGUUGCUUGGUGUGCUCGCUUUAGGUCUAGGUGACCAACAGUACAAGAAUCGCCUUGUUGAUACGGCCGUUAGCCUGUCUAGCUUCCUGAUUGCAGCAUUCAUCUGUGGUCAGAUUGCCAAUCACAUCCAUCCAGGACAUGGCCGUGCACGGUGGUGGAUACUGAUGUCUUCAUUUUAUCAGACGGCGACGAUUCUCAUCACUGCUGGGCUAUUGUUUGGCAAGGCCAUUACAACUGGACGACAAUGGUCUUGGCUCGUCAUUCUUCUGCUUGCGAGUUCUUCUGGAAGUCAAGUGGCCAUGGCGCGUCAGUUCUCAAUACCUGAAAUACCCACAGCCAUGCUUACAUCGCCACUUGUGGACCUCGUUACAGAUCCGCACCUCUUCAGUACAUCUUUCCACAAAGCACACGACAAUCCACGGUCACGCAGGGUCUCCUAUAUCGUUGCUCUUGUUGUGGGUGUCUUUCUCGGCGCAGGCAUACACAAGCAUGCUGGGCCCGAGGUUGUGAUUUUGAUUGCUGGCUGCAUGAAGCUCGUCAUCCUCCUGUCUUUUCUCGUCACUGCGAGCGAAGCAGAGCAUGAAGAGCGUGCCCGGGCCGAAAGAGAGCAAGUGGAAGCUACAGUACAGGCAGCAUCGCCCUAGACGGUCAAAAUACAACAAGUGCAAAAGAUAGAAAGUACUUCAAAGUAGAUGAUGGAAUAGCCGAAUUUUGUCCCC